UGUCAUAGCGUGGUGUACCAAGGCGAGUCAGCUCGAGUGGAUAAGCUUUGUGUUCACUGUGUGCUAAAUCUGGUGGUGUGCCGCGAAUUCGCGCCGUGAUAUUCACGCGAAUAGCGUCGCCGAAUAAUAAAAAAAAAGAAGGGGGAAAGAAAGAACGAUGGCCGAUCAGGAGAGCAAGGAUUUCAGCGAGGACAUCGCGGAGCAGAACUUCGCCGAGCAGAAUGGCGACGUCGAGAACAACGGCGAGAACGCGGACGGUCAUCAGGAGUCGCAGGAAGACAGGUGAUCAACAACGGUUUUCACAUGGCGGGCGGCUUGCAGGUGGAAAACGUGACCCGACCAGCAACUGUUUACCGGCGAGUGACUGGUGCCAACGGUCGGUCGUGACUAACCAGGAUUCUCUGAACGAUAGAAAAUUAUUCGUCGGUGGUUUAAGCUGGGAAACGACAGACAAGGAAUUGCGAGAACAUUUCAGCGCAUAUGGUGACAUUGAAAGUAUCAAUGUCAAGACAGAUCCAAAUACAGGACGAUCGAGAGGAUUUGCUUUCAUCGUCUUCGCGAAAGCCGAAUCUCUUGAUAAGAUUAUGUCCGCUGGUGAUCAUGUUAUCAACAACAAGAAAGUUGAUCCUAAAAAGGCGAAAGCAAGACAUGGUAAAAUAUUUGUCGGUGGACUUUCAACGGAACUCUCUGACGAUGAUAUCAAGAAUUUCUUCUCACAAUUUGGAACUAUUGUCGAGGUGGAGAUGCCGUUCGACAAAACUAAGAAUCAGAGGAAAGGCUUCUGCUUCAUCACUUUUGAAUCUGAACAAGUGGUGAAUGAGCUAUUGAAAACCUCAAAGCAAACGAUAAAUGGUAAAGAGGUUGACGUAAAGAAAGCGACACCUAAACCCGACGGAAUGAUCAGUAUGCGCGGUGGACCCGGUGGUCGUGGCGGCCGUGGCGGCAGGGGUGGCCGAGGUCGUGGUUUUCAAGGCGGAUGGCAGGGCGGUUACGGCGGCGGUUACGGCGGUGGCUAUGGUCAGAGCUACGGCGGCUACGAUGGAUACGGAUACGAUUAUUAUGGAGGGGGUGGGUACGGAGGUUACGGCGGCUACGACUACAGUGGAUACGCAGACGGAUAUGGAUAUGGCAGUAAUUACGACGGUGGAUACAGUGGCGGGCGCGGUGGCACACGCGGUAAAGGAGGUUCAGGCUACGGUGGCAAGCAAAGGGGUAGUGGUGGUGGUCGUCAGAACCAGAGGCAUCAACCCUAUUAAUAAAGGAACCCUCCUUAUUUAUGACUGCGAUGCAAUUCGCAUUGUAACUGCCGGUAUCGCAAGCCGCGGUUUCCGUUUACAAUCACAAUAUUACAACUCGUCCAAUCAUUCCAUUCAACAUACAUCAACAUCGGUCAGAAUUCAAAGAAACAGGACUCGAGAGUAGCAUGAAAAUUUACAGAAACCGUUUCAAUAAUAUUUUGUUGGUUUUGUUUUUGUAUAUACAUAUACCCGCUUGCUUUUUUCAACUCACAAAAGAUUGCGUGUUUAUACAUAAUACGCAUUGUGUCUCGUGAUUUUGAUAAUAAUAGAUUAUUUUAAUUUUUUUUUACAAAAUCACACGGCGGAAAAAGAAUUAUGUAUGAGUAAUAAAGCAGACAGUGUGCUUUUUACAUGGUAGGUAUGAAAAAAAAACAAAAAAUCGAGAAAAAUCCAAUUGCUUAUAACGACCGUGUGAAUUAAUAUAGAAAAUUAAUAUAGAAAGGAUUACUUCUUCCUUAGUAAGAUAUAAUAGGAUUAAAUAAAUUCGUUUUGUGUACAUAAUAUAUAUCUCAUACAUACAUUUGUAGUUUUGCUUUGACCUCCUAUAUAGUAACUUUUUCUUUUUAAUACCACGACAUGUACACAAGAUUUAUGGCUGAAACCUGUAGAGAUCAUUUACAUACAGUAGAUUUAAAUAAAAGACUGACACGCA